AUGUCUCAGCAGGACGAAGAGAUGCGCGUGGAUCCGAGCAGAGCCAAGGUUCUCGUUGAGAACCUCGAACAAGUGGCCAAGAGGAUUGACUCUGUCAGAGGAGGUCGCAAGGUCCGCCUCAUCGCAGUCUCGAAGCUGAAGCCUGCAACCGAUAUCCUCGCACUACACCAAAGUCCGCUAAAGGUCGAGCACUUUGGAGAGAAUUACUCACAAGAGUUGACGGAAAAGGCCGGCCUCCUACCGAGAUCGAUAAAAUGGCAUAUGAUUGGAGGCCUGCAGACCAACAAGUGCAAGCCAUUGGCAGAGCAGGUUCCCAACCUCUUCUGCGUCAGCAGUGUGGAUACUGCGAAGAAGGCGGACGCGCUUGAGAAAGGCAGAAGCGCACUUGCAGAGAAAGAGUCGCUGUCUGAGAAGCUGAGAGUUCUAGUACAGGUGAACACUUCAGGAGAGGAGAGCAAGAGUGGAGUCGAGCCAAAAGACGCACAUGAACUGUGUCGACAUGUGAAGGAGAAGUGUCCCAGCUUGCAGCUGGCGGGUUUGAUGACAAUUGGUGCCAUCGCAAGAAGUCAACAGUCUUCGUCCCCGGACGCAGAGAACGAGGACUUCGUAGCACUAAGAGAGACGCGAGACAAGGUCGCAGGGGAGCUGGGAAUGGACGCAUCGGAGCUCGAGCUCAGCAUGGGCAUGAGCCAGGAUUUUGAGGCCGCCAUAUCACAAGGCAGCGAUGAAGUCCGGGUGGGUACGACCAUCUUUGGAGAGAGACCUGCAAAGAAGGAUGCAGUAGUAUAA